AUGGCGGUGCCGCAGAGUCCCAACCUCAUGCUGUUCGACGACGAGCCAGCUAUCCAGGAUCGCAAGGUGCUCCAUUUCUUCGUCUCCUGUCGUGGCGUGGAUGGCAACUCGCUCGUGUCUCCCGCACGUUCAGCGCAGACACUUGUACGUGGCGCGUUCAACAUGCUGAGCAACGCCACAGCCAUAAACAACACCAAGUCUCCACGUGCCAAACCGCCGACCGAAGUCAACGUUGAGGUGCGUAUCGCACGGGAGACGCCGAUCUUCGGCUUUGGUGCAGACAUUCCAGCACAGCAAACUGUUAUCCCUCCGACGGCUCCCAGCAGCGGCGGCCUGACAGUCGAGAUGGACACUUUCGACGAAUUGGGGACAGAAUUCUCGGACAAAGCGACGCUCUCCACAGACGGACUUCUAGAGAGCGAGAGUUCGUGGAGUGAACGACUCAAAAGUCGCAGCCCCAAGUUCUCUGUCGGCUUCAGUGUCCGCUGUAAGAACCCGGCCGAGUACGACCGACACGUGCAGAUCAUGGUGAUGAUCCCGGACGAAGGCACGUCCUCGAACAAGAACAGCCACGUGUUCGGAUACGCCUUAACGUCCUUCCAGGAGAUGUACACAGUGGCCACUAGUGGCAAUUAUAAGCAGAAGAUGACGUUGCCCGUGCACUCGACUGUGCUCGACGGAGCGACAGUGGAGCUGCAGUUCGCCGACAUUCAGUCGCAGCAGCAUCCGCUGUUCAAGGCGCAGCAUAAUUUGUUUAAGAGUUUUCUGUUCUAUCCGUUGAUGAAGGAGGAACACGCAGAGAUGCAGGCGGCGAACGCCAAGCUGGCGGUCGAAGAGGCCGCCGAAGUGGAUUGUAGCGUCAAGAUCCCGCUGCAAUUACUGCGCGUGUGUCAAUACGAGCUACUGCAGAUGUACGACGAGUGGAAGGCACGCUACGACUACGCACGCAAGAAGAACUGCUACUUUGACAACGACGCAGAGGCGCUUAACUUUGGACACGACGUUUUUCGCGUCCAGGUGGUUUGUGGACGCGAGUUGAGGGCGAAAUCUAGAGAAAAUACAAGUGCGGAGAGCGAACUGACGACCGAGAUGGACGUACGAACCUCUCGAACGUCUGGCUUCUCGAUGGGUAGCAUGGUGGGCGGUCGAGGAGGGUUCGUGAACCGGAUAAAGGCUGGGAAAUGGGGCGGUAGUAGUGUUUCCUCGUCGUCGUUUAGCAGUAACGACCCGGACGCAGUCGACACGGUAGCGGAAGCGAGUAACAGUGUCCAUCCGUUCGUUGUGGUCAAGUUUGAAGACGGCGUGGCCGGAAAUCGUGAGUUUAUUGUGGGGAAAACCAACACGGAGUACGAUUCGACGAACCCUGUGUGGUCUACGAACAAGAAUGCAGGCACGAAAUGUCCUCACGGGAAGCCCAGUACGAAAUACCACGCGUCGCGAGUGCUAAAGAGCCGUGUGGUUGUGUCGCCUGUCAACGCUCUGAAGCAGUUUGUAUUCUAUCGACCCAGUCUGUCUGAUCAGCCUCUGGCUGGGUGGCUGCGUUUCCAAGUCUUCAAUGAACAUUAUGGCUACAUGAGUGGCAUCGAGAACGACUUGAUUGGCGAAGUGAUGAUCCCGUUACAGAGUGCUCGCGAUGCAAUGACGGUAGAAGAAAAGACGGUGUUUGACGACGACGACGGCGCUGAAGGCAGCGGCGACGGAGACCACGAAUCGAAGUCACAUCAAGUCGUGACUUCCCUCACGCUCGUGGACUGGUUUGAUGUCCGUUCUCUCUCCACCGAUGAAGUUCUGGGCCAGAUUCAACUGCGAAUUAAUAUUCUGCUGGCGAAUCCUCUUAGCGAUGACCUCCUCACGGGUCACGGAGUGGAGUCUUGUCGGUCUAGACGACACAGACGAGCUGCUGACUGCUCGCCGCCUCCGAGUGACGGGGUUAUUGAACGCGAGAUCCCUCUGAACUUUCUGUAUCCACAUGUGUUACAUAUUCGCAAACAAGUUACCGAAGUUACCGAAAUGAUCCGACUGACGGAACAUUUGGUAGAAGACAAGAAAACAUUCAAGUCGAGUCUACACAAGAAGCGCGCAGACAUUCAAGCGAUCCCGACGAAUCUGCACGUGUCGUACUUCCGUAUUUUCCGUCACUUUGGGUCUAAAUCUGUGGCGCAUGCUUCGACGUCGACGGAGGAUUUACUGGGCCUGGAUGACAGCGACGCGCACUUUGGCGCGUCCGCUGCGCUUCAGUCGUUGUCGAUGCAAGAGCGUGCGAUGAUCCCGGAGACCCACGCGACCGUAACUUGUGGCGCGCCGACGGCACACGCGAUGGGACUGAGCGACUGCGGUCUGCGCGAGAUGGAGCUGGUGAUGCAGAACUUCGAGACUGCGUUGGAGAAGAGUACGUGUACACCUCGAGUCAUGGCGAGUCCUGUUAGUGAGAGCAACUGUUUCAUCCCGGAAGAUUCCUCCGACUUCCUGUACCCGCCACUGGACGACGAGAACGAAGCAGAAGCUGAGGACGACGCAGAUACAACAAGCUCUACUGCAGCCGUGGUGGAGUCUGCGCCGAAGAAGAAGACCUCCAAGUACUCCAUGAUGGCUCGCAGGGCUUCCGCCGCGCGAGCGAAGGCGCUGUCAGCGAAUCGAUUCGUCAAGAAGAAGAGCUCUCGGCAGUUGGACCAAAGGAGCAGCGACGAGAAGAACGCCGUGUAUGCCAAAUACCCCUCGCUUCGUGUCGAGUCGGAAGAAGGCGUGGAGGCUUCGACGUCCAUCGGCUAUGCGGUUCGGACGCUGUGUCGUCUGGAGAUGCUGCGCACGGAGUAUUAUCUACGGAAGAGUGUGGCGGUGUCUCAGUCUGUGAGCAGUCUAGUCACGUGCUUCAUGGCGGAGCUGGACUUGUGUCUACAGGAGCGCAAUGACAAGGUGCUGAAUCAAAUGGCCAAGGUCGGCUUCUUGAUCGGGUGGGAGAGUCUCAUCUCGUCCCAUGGGAAGGAGCUUUACAUGAUUUCCGACGCGUGGGUGGCCAUCAAGUGUCUCGAGACCUUCUCGUUCAAGCUCUGCGAAGGCACCGACCUGGACGUGCUGGUGGAGAAGCAAGACGUGGGUUAUAUCGUUAAAAUCCCGGUCUCUCCCGCUCUCUUCGCCCUUCUUCCAGAGAGCUUGAAGAGCGGCGAGCUGAUCAGCGUCACGUCCGUGCUAUUCACGCAAGGAAUCAACGAGAUGCAGAGCUUGGCCAACAUGGUGGGCCACUCCGGGGUCUCUAUCCAGCGUAAGAUAAACAGCACGAGUUUCCGAACCAUCUCGGAGUAUUACAGCCGCUUCACUGAGCUCUGCGGCGUCGGCAUGUCGGAGGUGAGUGUGGGCUCGCAUCCCGACGAGAUCUUGCGUAAUUUACGCGUCAGUGUGGAGAGCGAGAACUCGGCGUCCAAGAACACGUGUAUUUUACUGCAUGCGGCCGACGCGGUGCGUAGUUUAAAUGGAGGCCGAGUCACGUACUGCAAGUCGGGCAAAGACCGAACGGCCAUGAGCACGACACUGGAACAAGCUCGACUGCUGGUGCAGCGUAAGCGACAUGUGCUACAAGAGAUCGAGACCGGGGGUUCUUCCGAGUUUGGGCCUCUGGAAGAGGUGAAAUACGUCGCCAACAUGAUGCGAGAGUUCGGUGUUCGCAUCCACGUGGCCAAGAAGAACGUCGGACGCUUCAAGUACUCGUUCAAUUCUUUGCAGCGAAAAUUACUUCCCGAAAUUUAUCGCCCACCCAUGUCGACGAUUCAAGACAUGGUGACGUCGGUCACGACGCGGGAUUCGUAG